UCUGCCAAGAAAAUACACACCUCUUUUUUUUGUCUUCAUGAGCAAAAUCAACUUUAAUACACACGCCAAGGACAUUCAAGCUGCCUAUGAAGCAGUCAUCAGCGAAAAGGACUCUACCGACUGGUUAGUUUACUCUUUUGAUAAAGGAACCUAUGACCUUCGCGUACAAGCUACUGGAGAUGACGGUUUGGAGGGAUUAUGUGAGGAAUUCUCGGAUAGCAAAAUACAGUUUGCCUAUGUUAAAGUCAAGGACCCAAAUACUGAACUUCCCAAGUUUGUGUUUAUUGCCUGGUGCGGCACAGGUGUACCUGAACUACGUAAAGCCUUUUUUAACUCACAACUUCUUGAAGUCUCCAAGUUCUUUAAGAGCUUUCAUGUUCAAAUCAACGCUCGUGACGAGGCCGACGUAGACCCUGAUCUCAUUAUGAAACGCGUCGCAGAAUCAUCAGGCGCCAACUACAGCUUCCAUAAAGAAGCUCCUAAACCUCAACCAAAGGUCACUCCUGUCGGUUCUGUGUACAAAAAGACUGAAAUACCUGAUAUUGCCGCUAUGCAACGACAAGGGAUGACAAAAGAAAAUAUGCCUGUACCUGUAGGUACGAAUUAUAAACCAGUUGUCACAGCACCUAAAAAGAUGGAAAACAGAUGGAAUAUGGCGCAGCAACAGGAGAACAGUGGAGCCAGUGCUGUAAGAGCAGAGCGCGAAAAGUUUGAAAAAGAAGUACGUGAGCGCGAGAUGCAGCGUCAAAGACAAAUGAAUGAGCAAGCGAGAGUAGAAGUAAACGAUGGCGAAGAGGAGAGAAGAAGACAAGAGGAAAGAGAACGCGAAUUGGAACUUCGAGAGCAGCAAAAGAGAGAAGAAGACCGUCGUCGUCAAUUGGAAGAUGACAGACGAAGACAGGAAGAAGAAGCACGCCGCCGUCAAGAGGAGCAACAGAGACAAAGACAGUUGCAAGAAGAGGCAGAUCGAAGAGCUGCUGAAGAGCAACAGAGAUACCAACAGGAACGAGAAAGACAGCAGUUUGAGGAGGAAAAGCGUAGAGAGGAAGAACGUAGACGUCAAGAAGAAGAGCGUAGACGUCAAGAAGAAGACCGUAAGCGUCAAGAAGAAGACCUUAGACGUCAGGAAGAGGCUGAGCGUCAGCGUCGUGAAGCUGAAGAGCGUCAGGCACAGGAACAAGCCGUAUUGCAAUCUCAAUUAGAUCAGACAGCCGAUCAUGCCGUCCAUGCUUCUCGUGCGGCUGGAGGUGCAGCCGCUCUGCCUAAAGGAUCCAAGGGCUUAUGUGCUGUCGUGUUAUUCUCUUACGAUGCUAGUGAAGCUAAUGAAAUGGCACUCGUAGAAGGGGAAGUCAUUACUCAAAUCGAUCAAGUAGACGAGGGUUGGUGGUUUGGUAUUAGUGAAGAUGGCAAGAAAGAAGGUCUUUUCCCAGCUAAUUAUGUCGAAAUAAUCGAACAUGCACCCGAACCAGAGCCAGAGCUAGCACAGGAAGUCCGUGCAGUUCCUCCCCCACCUGCUCCACCUGCUCCACCCGCCCCUCCCGCACAACAAAAAGACAAUGGUAAUGUGGCUGUAGCACUUUAUGAUUAUGAAGCUGGAGAAGACAAUGAGAUUUCAUUUGUAGAAGGUGAUCUGAUCACAAAUAUCGAAUUUGUAAGCGAGGACUGGUGGCAAGGUCUUGCUGCCGACAAAAAGACAAUGGGUCUCUUCCCAGCCAAUUAUGUUGAAUUGAAGCCUUAAUGAUCGUCCACAGGCAGCAUCAGUUUUUUUUUAUUGAAGGAAUAAAAGGAGUUUAAAAGACUAAGGUAUACACCUUCUUUAGAAAUAAUUAACACACAACAUAAUAUCAAUAACUCUGAAGAUCUUGAUUAUCUAUAUUUUCUUUAUUAUUUC